GUGUGUGUACCUAUAUAAUGUGUAUAAAUCCAAAGUUAGAAUGAUAUAAGCAGUCUGUCCAUGUAGCUCCAUAGUGUUGCAACCUGGCUGCAAUGCAUGCUCUCACUUUUUAUUCAUCUCUGAAACUUUCUUCCUCUUUCACUCUCUAACCCUAUAUCCCUCUCCUGAUUUCCUCAGCUACCCCAAACUGAAUUCUUUUAUUGUGUCAUCCUCAAUCCCCACCAAUCUCUCUUCCUCUUACCUAAAAUUUCCAACAGAGAUUCAAUUUCAAACCCCCCAUUACACAGAUCUGGUUUAUCUUUCUCAAAAAAAGAUUGAAAACCCAUUACAAAGAAACAAAACACCACUCGAUUCGUUGAUUUAAUCGUAUUGUGAGCCUCCAUUUGAGGCCAUGAAAGUGACCCAGAAAGAUUCAGAGAAGGUGGGUUGGGAUCAGAUGAGAAACCCAUCUGGACCACCUAUUUCGUCUGGUUCCCAAAAUCGUAUCUUGCCCAAAUUCAUGGUCUGGCUCAUCCUCUUCGUCUUGGUCUCCUACGUUGUCUACACUCUCAAGCUCGUCUCUUCGUCCUCCCGAGCCUGUGACGAUGAUCCUCUGUUCACAACCUCACGCAGUCGUUUCGUUCUCCGCCAAUCACAGCCCAACAAAACCUCGUCCUCCUCCGAAUCCCCGCCACCGAUUCAGAUUCAGCCGCCGGAUAUGGCUCCACCCGUCGGACCCGAAGAAACGGGUCUCAAACACAUCGCCUUCGGCAUUGCCGGGUCGGCCCUUUUCUGGGAACACCGAAAAGAUUACAUCAAACUCUGGUGGAAGCCGAAGGAGAUGAGAGGCGUGGUUUGGCUGGACAGCCCGGUCAAGAGCCGACCCGACGACAAACUCCCGAGACUCAAACUCUCUGGGGACACGACCCGGUUCGCGUACUCGAACCGGCAGGGACACAGGUCGGCGAUUCGGAUCUCGAGGAUCGUGUCGGAGACAUUCAGGCUGGGAUUUGAGGGUGUAAGGUGGUUCGUGAUGGGGGACGAUGAUACUGUGUUUGUGACAGACAACCUGGUGAGAGUUCUGUCGAAAUAUGAUCAUAAUCAGUAUUAUUACAUCGGGAGUUCUUCCGAGUGUCAUUUGCAGAACAUAUAUUUUUCGUCGAGUAUGGCGUUUGGGGGUGGUGGGUUUGCGAUUAGCUACCCAUUGGCUAAAGCUUUGGAGAAAAUGCAAGAUAGGUGUGUUCAGAGGUACCCUGGUUUGUUCGCCUCUGAUGAUCGUAUGCAAGCUUGUAUGGCUGAACUCGGUGUUCCACUCACCAAAGAACCCGGUUUUCACCAGUUUGAUGUGUUUGGAAACCUAUUUGGGCUCCUAGCGGCUCACCCGGUGGCACCAUUGGUGACGAUGCACCAUCUAGAUGUGGUCGAGCCAAUUUUCCCUAAUGUGACACAGGUGGAAGCCCUGCGGCGGCUCACGAUCCCUAUGAAGCUCGAUUCAGCAGGUAUUAUACAACAAUCAAUUUGCUAUGAUAAAGCGAAGAAGUGGACAGUCUCAGUAUCAUGGGGCUUCGCAGUCCAAGUUUUCCGAGGUAUUUUAUCCCCACGGGAGAUAGAAAUGCCCUCAAGGACAUUCUUGAAUUGGUACAAGAGAGCUGAUUACACGGCCUAUGCAUUCAACACGCGACCGGUUGCCCGGAAUCCUUGUCAGAAGCCGUUUGUGUUCUACAUGACGAAGGUGAGGUUAGAUUCUUCCACGAAUCAAACGGUGAGCGAGUAUUCUCGGCAUCGCGUGCCUCAUCCGGUGUGCAAAUGGAAGAUGGUGGAUCCUUCUGACCUUGACAGGGUCGAGGUUUACAAAAAACCCGACCCUCAUCUAUGGGAUAGGUCUCCACGGAGAAACUGUUGCAGGGUCAUGAUCUCGAAGAGAAGAAGCAUGGUGAUCGAUGUCGGUGUAUGUAGGGAAGGUGAGGUCAGUGAAAUAUAAUAGUCGUCAUAAAACCAGAGGAUCAGAGCUUUUUUUGUCUCUUGUUUCCAUUUUUCCUUCUAUCUUGAUUCUUGGUUCUCCAUUUCUUAAUUUGUUAAUGCACACCUUCGAAAUUUCUUUCGAAGAUCUUUUUUGACCGCCACUAGACAAUCAAUCUUUGAAAAAAAAAUGUUAAAUGUAAAAAAACUGUAGUUUAUGCUCAUAAUAUAAAUGAUUCAUUGCAUUUUGGUUUGAUGGUGGUCAAAUUUGAUGAUGUGUCUAAUGUUUUCCUUAUUAGAAAGAACGCUUGACAUGUUGUCGUUGACAGUGAAGUCAAAAUGAAGAGGAUAUAUAGUCGACGGAGAAAAUUAGAGUCUCUAAUCAUUGAUGUUAAUUUUAAUCAAAUACGAGGGUCUUUGUCGUUCAUGUCGACUGAUUUGGCAUUUUAAUCUACCCGGCUGGACUGCAAAUGCAUUAGAUAGCUGGAUGAUUUUUACAAGAAGCUUGUUGUCAAAUUGACUAGUUGUUGUUCAAAAUCACAGUUUGGAGGAACAUGACAAAAGGAUUGGAAUA